AUGGACCAUCCGAAAGAAGUCGCAGCAUCAACACAUUCCAAACUGACUCGGUCGAUAGGCUUCACGCAAUCUAUCGGAACAAUUCAAUCCUAUCUCGCCCAGAACCAACUGAAAGACUACUCAACGCCAGACGUUGGAUGGAUAACAGGUCUCUACACGUUCCUUGGGCUUUUCUUCGGCGUCCAAGCAAGUCCCCUGAUCGACAUGUACGGACCUAGGCCGCUCGCUCCGAUUGCCACCGCACUCACUGUCGGAUUGUACUUUCUUCUUGCAGGAUGCAAGCUGUAUUGGCAGUUUAUGCUUUGCUUGGGAGUCUUGGGAGGACCGCAAGCUGCUCUUGCGGGCACACUAGGUAUCGCAUGCAUCGGCAAGCUUUUUGUGCAACGCAAGGGCCUAGCAAUUGGCGUAGCAUUAUCCCGUUCGUCGCUGGGUGGUGUCAUAUUCCCUCUGAUGCUCCGUGAGUUGUUGGGGUGGACAUGGGCAAUUCGCGCCCUUGCUUUUUUGACGACCGGGCUCAGUAUGACGGGAGCUAUUUGUUUACUACCGUUUCCCCGACUCCACUCUCCAUCGGCAGCCGUUGUCACCGAAAAGAAGAAAAAGUAUGCGGCCAUCAGCUUUGACGCAUUCCGCUCUGGAUCGUUCUCGUUUCUCACUGCGGGUAUGGUCUUCUUGGAGUUUGCGAUCUUUGGUAUUAGUGGUCUGCUUCUCACAUUUGCCGUCGGAGCUGGCUUCGCGCCUGACGCAGAUUAUACUCGUAUUACCAUUCUAAAUGGCUGCUCCUGUCUUGGACAUAUUCUGCUUGGCGUUGUUGGAGACCAAUUUGGCCACUUUGAUGUCAUUAUCGCAAUGACCAUCGCUACUGCUGUAGUCACUGGAGCGUUGUUCGUACCUUUCACCACGAGUUCAAUGUCUGUGUUGUACGCGUUUGCCACAUUGUGGGGAUUUGGCUCGGGUUCCUGGCUUUCUAUCAUGCCCGUCUGUGUUGGUAAGACUUGCGAUCCGAAGGAAUACGGGAGAUGCUAUGGUACGUACAGUUCCGUUGUGAGCUCGAAAGAGACACCAAUCAGUGUGACAAGUACCAUGAACUGGGCAGUCAGUUUUGCAGCGUUACUUGCUAUCCCUGUCGACGGUGAGUUACUUGAAGCAAUAUCUCCAGCAGCCUCAUCUGGCUUGUAUCUUGCUGUCGUGGUUCUCGGGAGUACAUGCUUCUUCGUGACCCGUGGUCUCGUGUCCGGAAAUAUGCUUGUGUUCAGAGCCCAUAUGUAG